CGUGGAUCUACUUUGUUGCUUUGCUCUUGUUCAUUCACUCCACCUCCACGAGGCCGUCGACAACAUGCCAAAGCUGCAAGACAGGCUGGCAGACAAGCUGGGCGAACACCCGGCCGGUGCUCACCUUCGCGGGCGAAAGUGGGGCGCCAUCAUCGCCUCUGUCAUCUUCUCGCUCUUCGUCCUCGCCAUCGUCGGCGUAUGGGCCGCCGCGACUGAGGGCUAUGAGACCGUGUCGCGCUUCUCGCCAAACUAUAACAUGACCGACAAUGACCACUGGUUCUCCAAGUUCAUUCCUGGACGCACAAAGGGACUGUGCGAGCCUGCCUUUAUCAACCCCGGAGACUCGUUCUACACCAACAAUGGCAUCUUCCUGUGGGAGAUGGGCCAGGGCUUCAACGUCUCGGGCAACCUCAUUGGCAACAACAACACGCAGGUCAACUUCAACGGCACUGCCGAGCAGUACGCCGACAACAAGCUCGACAACUGCGAUGUUUCCGGACUUUCCAUCGACAUGGACCUGUUCGAGGCCUCGAUCACGGUCCAGAUCUACGCAACCUGCAUUGACCCCAAGUGGCCCGCGCUCCUGCGCUCCAAGAACGUGUACUCGAUCGACGACGGCCGCACGGUCGACCCGUCGUACUGGUUCUCGGGCCAGAUUAUCGUGCCCGAGCGCAACGAUAGCACGAACCUCUACGUGCCGAUCAACGACCUCGCAGCCGACCUGUGGCACCGCCAGCGCGCAAUCUACCUCAUCUCGAGCCAGGUCGCGCCGCGCGUCCGCGGCAUGCGCAUCGUCAGCGACAACAACUGCGCCCUCCAGCCGCAGGACAGGCGCGGAUGCUUCGACUCGCCCGUGACGUGGCAGAACCGCUCGCAGGGCUUCUUCCUCUACCCCAACCUCACCGUCGAAAACUACUCGUACGACAACCAGAGCUGGUGGGACGUCCCGAUCAACAACUUUGUCCAGUCCGUCUUCGCGGCCGCGCGCUACGACUUUGGCUCAAACAUGACGAGCAACCUGUUUGUCAACGCCACGGCGCGACAGGCACUCAUCGCGCCCAUCGACCCCGCGUCGACUGACAACUCGUCGACGCUCGUCAACGAGCUGUCGGGCGCCCAGUCGUUCCUCAGCUCGGGCGUCUUCAUGCCUCCAGCGGUCGGCAAGGUCCGCGCAAGCUACAUGUGUCUCGUGCGCCAGAUGAAGGCGCCAGCAAACUUUGUCGUGUCCGUCCUCGGUCUCACGUUUGCCCUGUUCGGCGUCGUCUUUGCGGCCGCUGCCUUCCUCGCCAAGCACCUCUUCGGCUGGCACAUUGGCGGCAAGCCCACGACUGUUGUCGCCCCCAUUGCCAUCGCGCCGGUCGGCGCAGACGGCGGCGAAGGUGGCCACAUGGACAACGAGAAGAUCAACCUCGACUCGCCGACGGACCCGACGCACCAGAAGCUCCACUCGGCGCAGAGCUCGGACGACUACAAGGGCCGCUCGCCCACCGACCCGCGCAGCACGACCCCCGCCCCCGCAUACAUUGGCAACGGCAACGGCUCCGAGCCGCGCUACGCGCCCCUUCACGACCGCUCGGGCUCGGACGCUGCCGGUGGCCCCGCCUCGGGCCUCAGCACCCCCACGCCUGGCGGCCUCAAGUCGCGCCUCUCGUCCUUCGGCUCCCUCUCCAAGUUCACCGACAAGCUCCCCUCGGGUCUCGUGGCUGGCGCGCUCGGCGCCGGCCUCGGUGCCGCCGGUGGUGCUGCUCUCGGCGACAAGCUCCCCUCCAACGUCAACGACCUCAAGAGCUCCUUCACCAACGUCUCUGAGCGCCUCGCCGCCAGCGGUGCCGGCACGCCUCUCCGCUCCGUCACCCCCGUCCGCGGCAACUCUGGAAUCGGCGGCAUCCCCACCAUCCCCUCAGGUGCCGGCGGCGUCUCGGGCCCUCCUUCGCGUGUCCCCUCUGGUCCUUUCCCUCCCGAUGCCGUCGAGGUCGUCAGCAACAAGGCAGCUGGUCUCCCCAACAUCAACAUUCCUGGCGGCGGCAACCUCGCCGGCAUCCCCGGUCAGGCGCAGGGCUUCGCGUCCAACCUCCCAGGCCAGGCGCAGGGCUUCGCUGGCCAGGCGCAGGGCUACGCCCAGCAGGGCCUCGCGUCCCACCUCCCCGCCGGCCUGCAGCAGCACGCCGGGGUGAUCGCCGGUGCUGGUGCCGCGGGCAUUGCCGCCGGUGCUGGUCUCCUCGCUUCCGGUGCCGCCAAGCGCGUCAGCGCCUCCUCGCACGACGCCGACCCCGCUGCCAACGCUGCUCCCGUUUCUGGUGUCGUCGGUGGUCCCGACCAGCUCUGGGCCGGCGGUGAGAAGGUCGCCGAGCCCGCCGACAUUGGUGCCGGUGCUCCUGGCGCCGCUCCUGGCGCUGCUCCCGUCGCUGGCGCCGUCGCUGGCUCUGCUCCUGCUCCUGCUCCCGGCUCUGCUCCUCUUGCCCCCGGUUCCGCUCCUGCCCCCGACACUCUCGCCCCCGGUUCUGCCGCCGCUCAGCGCUACUCUGGCCCCCAGGGUGUCUGGAACUACGCAUACGACGACAGCGCGCCUACCAGCCCUACCGAGUCUGAGCCUCUCAUGUCGCUUGGUGCCGGUGCCAACCGUGCCGUGGACCCCAACGCUGCCGCUGCUCCUUCGGCUGUUGACCCCGCUGUUGCUGGCGUUGCCGGUGCCGGUGCCGCUGGUGCCGCCGGUGCUGCUUCUGCUCCUGCCGCUACCGUUCCUCCUGCUGCCCCCACCGCCGCCGACUCGACCCCCGCCAACGUCCUCUCUGGCUCGUCCUUCGCCGCUCCUGACGCUGCGGCUGCCGCCCCCGCUACCUCUGCCCCCGCUGCCCCCGCUCCUGCUUCGUCCGGCCUUCCCACCGGCGGCCUCCUCGCCGCCGGCGGUGCCGCUGCUGCCGGUCUCGGUGCAGCCGCGCUCGCCAAGGCCAAGACCCAGGCUCCUUCGGACCAGUUCAUCCAGCCCAACGCCGCCGCCGCCACCGGACAGGUCGGCUCGUUCGGAAACGUCGCCCAGGAGAAGAUUGGCGCUGCGGGCGCUUUCGCUUCGGACAAGGCUGGCGCCAUCCCCGGCGCUGGUGACAAGAUUGCUGCUGGUACUGCUUUCGCUCAGGAGAAGGUCGGCGCUGUCGGCUCGCUCGCCCAGGGCCAGGUCGGUAACGCUUCGUCUCUCGCCUCGGACAAGGUUGGCGCCGCUGGUGCCUUCGCUACGGACAAGACCGGCGCUAUCCCCGGCGUCGGUGACAAGGUCGCCGAGGGAACCGCUUUCGCACAGGACAAGGUCGGUGCCGUCGGCACGCUGGCUUCGGACAAGGCUGGUGCUCUCCCCGGUGCCAUCCCCGCCGUCCCCGGUGUCAGUGACAAGGUCGCGGAAGGUACUGCUUUCGCUCAAGACAAGGUCGGCGCCGCGGGCGCCUUUGCUUCGGACAAGGCCGGUGUUGCCGGUGGCCAGAUCGGCGCCGCAACCACCACGGCUACGGACAGUGUCGGCGCCUUUGGCGCGGCCGCCAACGAGAAGAUUGCCGCUGGUGUCCCCGCCGCGCCCGCCCAGGCUGGCGGCAUCCCCAAGGCCGCCCUCGCUGCUGGUGCUGCUGGCGUUGCCGGUCUCGCUGGAUUUGCAGGCUCCAAGAUCGCUGCCGGUGACAAGGCCCCUGCCGCCGGUGCUGAGGCUCCUGUCGCUGCUCCUGUCGAGGCCGCUGCCGCUCCGGCCGCUGCCCCUGCUGUUGAGGCUCCUGCUCCUGCCGCCGCCCCUGUCGCUGCUCCUGUUGAGGCUCCCGCCACCGCCCCCGUCACUGCCCCCGCUACUGCCCCCGCCGCCGUCCCCGCUGCCCCCGUCGCUGAGGCUCCCUCGACUGCCGCUACCCAGGCCUCGCCCCCUCCGUCGGCCCAGUUCGUCAGCUCGUUCCCCGAGGCGCCCAAGGACAUUCCCACUAGCUCGAACAUCGGCUCUGCUCUCCCCGCUGCUGGUGCUGGCGCCGCCGCCGGCCUCGCCGGUGUCGGUGCUGCUCGUGUUGCUGAGGCACGCUCUGCUGCCCCCGCUGCCCCCGCCGCCGCUGUCGACGUCGCUGCCGCCAACGCGCCGGUCCACGCCAAGGACGUCCAGCUCCCCUCCUCGCCUGUGUCUGUCAAGUCCAUCCCUGCCGCCGUUGCCACCACCGUGUCCGACGCCGACGAGAACGUGACUGUCCUCCCCACCACCGUGCUCACCAAGGUGCCUGAAAACGCCGAGGAGCUCCGCGCCGCCCUGGCCGGCAAGCUUCCUCCUGGGGUCGAGAUCCCGGACGACAUCCAGAUUCUGCCCACUACCACCGUCGGCGCCCUGCCCAAGUCGGCCGAGGAGGCGCUCGCUAGCCACCCCCACGCGCUGCCCUCGAGCGCCACUGCCAUCGCUGAGGCUGGCGCCGCCCCCGAGGCCGCUUCGUCGUCUGGUGGCUUCCUUGGCACCGCCCAGGCCAAGGUCGCCGAACUCCACGAGAAGGGCAAGGCCCAGGUCGACUCGCUCGCUGGCAAGCUGCCCGGCGGCAUCGGCGCCAAGGUGACCGACGCGACGGCCGCCGGCUCCGCCAAGCUCGAUGGCCUCGUCUCCAACGCUGGUGACCAGGCGAGUUGGUCGAACAAGCCCGCACCAAUUUGCUUCCUCCUGACGAGAGUGCUGUAA